CUUAAAGGCAGCGGUAUUGGUACCAGUGCUUAGUUCGGCGGCAGGGCCCGCAGUUCGAGAGGAAGAGGCCUGGAGGCCAGGCAGAGGGGACACUCGGAGGCCUUCCCCGGGGACCUGGCGCGUCUGCUCGCCCGCUGCGCACGCCCACUUGGCCACUUGCUCCGGUUCUUGUCCUGGACAUCUUCCCGCAAUUCUCCCUGAUGGACAGUUGGUGCUCGUGGGAGGGGAGGGUGAGCGUGCCAAAGAGGCGCCAGGGUCGGCAGCGUCUUCCAGAGGGUCUGCAGCAGCUCAGCAGAUGAGUAGGAAAAAAGAGAGGCCGGAGGGAGAACAUGGGAUGUGUAUACUGUGUGCGGUUGGGAGGAGGAAUCGAGUAUUUGCUUCAUAGGACAUGCAAGUGGGAAGUAACCUUCCUUCUCCCAGCAUGUUCCUCACUGUUUUUCUCAUUUAUGAGAUUUGUCCUUUUUCGGAAACAAAGACAAAGACUCUUUAGUUUGUCGCCCAACAAGCUUUUUGAGUACUGCAGUGCGUUGUAUUUCUAUAUACUUACUCUGUGCGGCUCUUGUAAGAAUGAUUAAAACAUUGAGCAUCAUUCUUUGGUUAGAGUAGUUUGCCUAUACCUAAUUUAUGUGCAGGAUAAAUGCUCUGCUCCUUUUCUCAGGUCGUAGAAUAAAACGAUGUGUGCUUGGACAUCAUCCAUGAAGUUAAGCUACUGUAGGACAAGGUUCAGUUUUAGAGGUGGGGCCUCGAAUUUGGUGACCUCCCCUCUGAGGUCCCUAGGGUUCUGAUGAAUGGGAGAUGGACUGUUCUUGUUCCAUCUUAUCCCUGCUCUGCCCAGGAGUAAAGUUUUCCUUUGGUUUGCAGUUGAAAGGGAAACAAGGGUUGUAUUCAGUACUGCUUCUAAGUCUUUAAUUGGAAUGUCAAGCUCACACUUCAAAUAGGCUGAUUCGUUAAAAUUAAAGAUGUAGAGUAAAUUUCGGCAAAGCCAAUCUGUCUUUGCUAUUAGCUUCUUUUAUAUAAUCUUUCAUGCACUCGACUGAAAAAUAAAAUACUGAACAUUUAUGCAGUUAGAUGUCAGUACACCUUUUGGGGAGUAAUGACUGGGAAGGGGCACGAGGAAAUCUGGGUACAACAAAUCAUUUUUUGAUUUGGUUUAUGACAUUUCAUUGAAGUAAAUGUUAUCAUGUAUGUUUAUAUCUAUAUGUAAAUUGUAUUAUUUUCCCCUCUUUCUGGCUGCCCUGAGGCAUAUGGAGUUCCCAGGCCAGGGAUCAGAUCCAAGCCACACUUGUGACCUGUGCCGAAGCUGCAGUAGUGCUAGAUCCUUUAACCCGCUGUGCCAAGCCGGGGAUCGAACCUGUGUUCUGGUGCUACAGAGAUAACCACUGAUCCCAUUGGGCCACAGUGGGGACUCCUAUAUCUAUAUGUCAAAAAAAGUUAAAAAAAUUGAUUAAGGCAUUCUCUGGUAGUGUAGUAGGUUAAAGAUCCAUUCUGGCCAUUGCUGUGGCUCAGGGCACUGCCCUGGUGCAGGUUUGAUCCCUGGCCCAGGAAUUUCCAAAUGCUGCUGCUGGCAAAGCCAAAGGGGGAAAAAAAUUAAGAGUAAGGUGAGUAACGGUCAACUCUGGAUGCUAUGGUAUAUUUGCAACUCUUUGCCUAGUUAAUUUCUCUAUUAGCAGUGUAGUUUCCCAAUGCUGUAUUUCCUCACCUCUGAAAAUUUUUCCGGGUAUUGAUAUGAUCUGCUAGCCAAAGGCAACUACUAAAUUUCUAAGAGAUGUUACUAUUUAACCUGACUUAAAGACUUUGCUUCACAUUGUGUAAAAUAAACUGGUUCUCUGCUCUUAAGUUCUCAUUUCAGAAGUAUUAGUGGUAUCUGUUGUGUCACAGCUUCCGUACUUCAGAUAACUAAAGCCUGCCACCAUUGAGACUGUGCUUCCACCUAUCUCACUUGGAUGCUGCAGUGGAAAAACUGAAAUUUUUGGCAGGGCAUCAAAAGGCUUAGUUGAGUUGCCCUUUGAAGACAAGAUACUCUGCUCUUUAUUGGCCAAACGAUACUUAAAAUUGUUUAAUUUUUACGAGGCGCCACCUCUAUUAGAGACUUAUAUUUCAUGUAUAUACCUUGUAUUUGUAUGUCUGUAUUUCUGCAAAUAACAACUACUUGACUUGCCUCUCUUUUCCUUCAGGUAACAGAAUUCAAUUACAAUGGGGAACGUUUUUGAAAAACUCUUUAAAAGUCUCUUUGGGAAAAAAGAGAUGCGGAUUCUGAUGGUGGGUUUGGAUGCCGCUGGGAAAACCACCAUCUUAUAUAAGUUGAAGCUGGGAGAGAUUGUGACGACCAUCCCUACAAUCGGUUUCAAUGUGGAGACGGUGGAAUAUAAAAACAUCAGCUUCACAGUCUGGGAUGUCGGUGGCCAAGACAAAAUCAGACCUUUAUGGCGACAUUAUUUCCAGAACACACAAGGUCUGAUUUUUGUGGUUGACAGUAACGAUAGAGAGCGGGUCAAUGAAGCCCGAGAAGAACUAACCAGAAUGUUAGCUGAAGAUGAGCUCAGAGAUGCAGUUUUAUUGGUGUUUGUAAAUAAACAGGAUCUUCCCAAUGCUAUGAAUGCAGCAGAGAUAACAGACAAGCUCGGCUUACACUCCCUCCGCCAGAGGAACUGGUACAUUCAGGCUACUUGUGCCACCAGUGGAGAUGGGCUUUACGAAGGCCUGGACUGGCUCUCCAACCAGCUCAAAAACCAGAAGUGACGGGAAGCGCUCCGUUCCCUGUGCAUCAUGGCCAAAGCAGCUGGCCUCUCUGUGUGCGUGUGUGCGUGUGAGGAGCCGAGUGUGGGCGUGUGGCCGGGCGUGGGAGCAGCUUUCUCACAUGGUGCCUUAUACAUGUGCUAGGGAAACCAGUCUUACAUGUUAUGAACAACGAGUGUUACAUUUUAAAUGCUACCUUCCAUUUUAAUGGCUGUGAUGGCCAGUUUGGCAGUGGAUGCAGGGGUCCAGGGGGCUCCGUGCACAACAACCAGAGUGGCCUCGAGAUGGGAAGAAGGCGGAGGGUGGGCGGGGGACCGAGUUCGUUUGUGCCGUCCUGGGUCUGGCGUCUCUGCCCACCUGGGGUCCGCUCAGACUUUGGCAUCCUUUUCCCAUCACUGCCAGAGCUAGCAGCUCGCCUUUCAGUGCUUUGAAGCAAAUGGUCCUCAAGAGAAAAAGGCUCUUGCUUCCUGCAGGUAAGAAGUUCAGAUUUGAACUUUUCCCUGAAGCGAUAUUCUAACCUGGAUUUCCUGGUUUAAUUGAAAGGAAUCGGUGGUCUUUUUCCAUGAGGGUAUCAGGACCUAGAAACUCUAGAAAAGCAUCCAGUCCUUUCCUUCUUUGCCUCUUAGUUGCCAAAUGGAGACCCUGGGGUCGUGACCCCAGCACGCAGCAAAGGCUCUUCCCCGGGCUCCACAGCCACACGCGCAGGGUCCAGUUAAGGCAGGAGGUGCCGGUGGAGCCUGUGUGCCUGCAUCACCGCCCGGGCUUCAGGCUCCUGAGACCGCUGCUCCCACGUGUCUGCUUUGUGCUGAAUGUUCUCCGCUCACAGCUGGACGUUCCCUCCUGGGGUGGAACUGUCACUGUGUACAGUGUCUCAGUCCAGCCUUCGGUUUGGAUGAGCUGCUGUUCCCAGAACCACACGCCUGUGAGUUCUGUGCGUCUGUCAGAGAAUCAGGUGGUCAACACGGGGGGUGAAGCUCCCGGCAGCCCCUGGUGUGGUCCCCGAGGUGGUUGGUGCUAAAGUUCGCUAUGAAGAAUGUCUCGUCCAGACCACUCUCCGUAGCCCUGACUCCCUCGUCUGGCUGGGAGUAAUGUCUUCGGUGGAAAGAUGUCUUAGGUUGUCCUCAGAACAGUCGGAGAAAUGGCCCGGAAAUGAGCUCAGUCACUCGGUAUCUAGAGCACUUUUGCCCAGACAGCUGUUGGCCAAAUUUGCACCGAAGCUCUUCACUACUACCUUUUAAAAUUCCUUUGCCAAGGAGGAAAAUGUUAGGUGAAUUUUAACAAAAGUAAACCGUGUUUAUUGACAGCAAUGAAGUAGCUAUAACUAGGAAGAACUUUCAUGCCAUGAUAAAUGUGGGAUGUAAUGUUUUUCUUUCAAAUAGUGACUUUAAAGAAUGCUCAUUGUACUCCUGGCUACAGAGUCCAGAUUUGAUUUUUACUCAUGGGGUUAAGUCCUGAGAAACAUUUAGACUGUACGCCUCAGACUGGCAGGACCUGUGUCUUACACUUUUGUAUUUAUGCUCAAUACCGUGUGCCUGGUACAGCACUAGGCCUGGGUGAACACGUGUUGAUUGGCUGGACAAUAAAGACCUUGCUUUGGACAGAGGGG